AGCUGUUGCUUUCCAAACCUGCAACUGCUGUGAUUCCUCCAAUAACUGAGACGAUGGCGAACAGAAUUAACAAGGUGAAUUUUCACUGCGUGACUAACAACACUGCUCAUCGCACCAUUGAAAUUACAAGAAAGCAGCUGAUUGUUAGGCGUGGCCAGCCCUUCCUGCUGACCCUGGAAAUGGUGCAGCCUUUCAGUGUCAGAGACACACUCCUGCUCACUGUGGAGACAGGUUCUGCUCCAUCAGAAAGACAUGGAACACGUUCUCAGUUUGGUAACCCGUCUGCCAAAUAUACCAGUGAUGCCAAGGCAAUAUGGAAGUAUGAGAUUGACAGGAGUGCUGUCCUGGAGAGGGGCAUUGUGGCUCUCUCUGUGACCCCACCAACUGACGCUCCUGUGGGGAAAUACUCCCUGUCUGCAAUGACACAUGGUGAAACAAGAAAUCUGGGAACUUUGGUGGUGCUCUUCAACCCCUGGUGCUCUGAUGACUGGGUGUAUCUUCCCGAUGACAGAGAAAGACAAGAAUAUGUGAUGAAUGAAGAGGGAACCGUCUACACAGGAACAUCACACUACAUAGGUUCACAGCCCUGGAUCUUUGGACAGUUCGAGGAGGAAAUGGUUGACAUUUGUCUCAAGAUAUUGGAUGCCAACCUCAAACACAGAAAAGACCCAGCUGGUGACACCUCUGCUCGUUGUAACCCCGUCUAUGUUAGCCGUGUGAUCAGUGCCAUGGUCAAUUCCAAUGAUGAUAAAGGUGUACUAGUGGGACGCUGGGAUGGAAACUAUAAUGAUGGAUGCAGCCCCACCUGCUGGACUAGUAGUGUUAGCAUCCUUCAGCGCUGGUUUCAAAACCGCUGCUAUCCUGUCAAGUAUGGACAGUGCUGGGUGUUCGCUGCUGUAAUGUGUACAGUGAUGCGAUUCUUUGGUAUUCCAUGCCGUGUCGUCACCAACUUUCAAUCUGCUCAUGACUCAAACAAUAGCCUCACUAUUGAUGAAUAUUAUGAUGACUAUGGAGUCCGUAGCAAGGAGGCCUCUGAAAGUGUCUGGAACUUCCAUGUGUGGGUGGAAGGAUGGAUGAAACGACCAUACCUCAUGAAAGGUGGUAUCUAUGAUGGCUGGCAGGUCUUGGAUCCCACUCCACAGGAAAAAAGUGAAGGUGUAUUCUGCUGUGGUCCAGCCCCAGUCAACGCUAUCCUACGUGGUGACACAGACGUCAAGUAUGAUGUACCAUUUGUCUACGCUGAGGUCAACGCUGACAUUGUCAAAUGGAUGAUCAGUACUAACGGUUCAAAGAAGAAAAUGUACACUGACUCCAUGUCAGUGGGUCAGAGCAUCUCUACCAAGGCUGUUGACUCCUGGAAAAGGGUUGAUAUCACUGACAGCUACAAGCACAGGGAAGGCAGCGCAGAGGAGAGAGCCAUCUUCAAACGUGCAGUCAGAAUGAACUCAAAAGAAGGUCAAGGUGACAUAGAAGAGGCACCCCAGUAUGUUGAGAUGAAAAUCAAAGAGGAGACCAAGGCGAUAAAUGGCCAGGACAUUAAACUGAGGCUCAAGCUGAGCAGUAAGGAUCACACCAAUAAGGUGUUGUCUGUCCGUGUCAACGCUCAGGCCAUGAGGUACAACGGCAAUCCAGCGGACAACAUCCUGAACAAAGUGCAGCACGUGACACUUCUGUCUGGACAAGAUGUGGCCAUACCUAUCCAGAUCCCCUUUGCAGAUUACAGUAAAUAUAUGGUGAACUACGACAGCAUAAAGGUUUCAGCAGUGGCCAGUGACAGUGAUGAAUACUACCAGACUGAGACCAACAUCACCCUAGAGCAACCAGUCAUCUCCAUGAAGGUUUUGUAUCCAGUCCAUGUGAACCAUGAAAUGACAUUGGAGGUGGAAUUUAAAAACCCGCUCAAUGAGAGGCUGAGGAACUGCUCCCUGACAGUCAUUGGAUGUGGCCUUUUUAAAUCAGACUAUAUACAAAGUGACCUGGGUGAGGUAGAGCCAAAGGCCACACUGAAGCUCAAGAUUACCACGACUCCCUACAGAGCUGGACUGAAGACCGUGGUUGCUGACUUCGACUGCAGCAGCUUCAGAGACAUAAAGAGCUCCUGCAUCGUUGACGUUAAACCAUGAAGCUCUGGUUUCAUUUACAGCUCCCUCUGUGUUUCUGUUUCUUUAUUUAGUUUAAACUGGGAUAGAUUAAUCUACUACACCUUGUUAUAACUAUCAUCCACAGUAACGUUACUAUCCAUAGUCAAGGUUUUGUUUGUUUUUUUCCCCACUGGCUGAGAUAUAAUCAAGUAGAUUUUUUAUUUCAAAGAUGCAAACUGCCCAACAUUUUCGGGGAUAUGCUUUGGGACUAACAGUUACCAUAAUUAAUAAUUAAUGAGUAAUGUAAUCAUUUUAAUAAAAGAAGAGGGAGAAAACCGAUUUCCUGAUAUUGCUUUGUAGCUUUUCUCUGUUUGUGCAUUAAUUAUUAUUGGGUUUAAAUGAUUGUGGGAAAAUUAUGAAGCUGUAUUUUGUAACAUGUUAUAAACAUUUAUCUCAUCUCUGUAACAAAUUUGAAUAUAACGGUGAUGAACCGAAACAACAUUUUAGGCUGGAAAUUUCACUCCAGAUUAUACAACUAAAAGCUUGAGAGGGAAAUGAUCCACAUUAGCAGAAUAAAAAAAUAUUAUGGAAAUAUUCUGGUGAGCAACAAUUUGAUCCCAGUGCUGUUUAUGGACAGUCCAGUGCUAAUAACAAAUUAUUGUCCUUUGAAUGCAAAUAUCAUAUCUGUAGUUACCAUUUAAAGAAAAAGAA